ACAGCAACCAAAAGGAAGUGACUUUGUGACACAGAAAAAGAGCACGCCAGUGUGGGCCCUGAGAGGAAAUGACUUGCACUGUGCAUGAGCCUGAGAUCACAGGCCGUGUCUGCUCGUCUCCGCUCUAUCAGUCGUGGCUGAACCCUCAACUAACUCAUUGAACUUCCGACUGUACGUUAAACAUCAACCAGUAAAACAUGGUGACAAAUACCAGCCAAUACGAAUGGCUCUGUCGGUGAAAAAAAAGCGUUCCUUCGGUCAUUUACAACAGUCGUAUACGAAGAUGUGCAUCCAAGACCUCUGUAACAAAAACAUGGCUGCUACAGUGGUCUCCUGGCCCGUUCCCAUGAGGGCUAUUGGAGCUCAGAAUCUACUCACCAUGCCGGGAGGAGUCACCUCAUCUGGAUAUCUGCACAAGAAAGGAGGAAGCCAGUUCAGCCUGAUGAAAUGGCCGCUUCGCUUCAUUAUAAUCCACAAAGGCUGCGUCUACUAUUUCAAGAGUAGUACUUCUGCCGCACCGCAAGGAGCUUUCUCCCUCAGUGGCUACAACAGAGUUCUGCGGGCAGCAGAGGAGACGACAUCUAGCAACGUUUUCCCUUUUAAGAUCGUCCAUUUCAGUAAGAGACACCGUACGUGGUAUUUCUCAGCAGCGAGUGAGGAUGAAAGAAGGAAAUGGAUGAGGCACUUAAGAAAAGAAAUCAACCAUUAUAACGAUAAAAGAGAUUUGCCACUUCCAAGUGAUGACUUGGAUUCUGAAAGCAUAUAUGGGCAUUUAGAGGAACCGCUGGAGAUCAAUCCUACUGAAGAUGACCCUGAAGCAGAUUACAUGACACAAGAUGAAGACAGUGAUGGAGAAGACGUAUCACCAACGUCAGCAGGUCGACCCACGGUUCCACCUCCACCAUACCCACCACCACCUGUUCCUUUUCAGCCAUCUAGAGAAAGCCGUCUCAAAGGACCUCCACCUCCACUACCCCCUCCGUUCAAAAAACCUUCAGCCAAAGGUCCUCCUCCGCCCCUACCGUACGCCCCACAUCUAGAAAAACCAGACUCGCACAUGUCAAGCAGAGGCCCCAUUGGUCCCAUGCCUCCUUUACCCCCACCAAACAGCAUAAAGCCAAUGUCAGGCCCGUUUUCCACAAUGCCCGCUUUCGAGAAGAAGCCGAACGCCUCUCUCAUUGGGAAUACCCCGGCUACUUUACCCAUCGUUGAGAACUUGCAAAAAGUGAUUCUGAACUCUGGAAAUAAACCAUCGAUUUCUAGCCAGCACUUGGGAGUGAAGUCCCCAUCAGACCACAGGCCCGUCUCGCCUCACCUGUCUACUGCUGCAAAUAACAGGACUCUGGGUCAGAUACCCAAGCCUCCGUUACCAACCAAACCUAAGCCAAACAGACCCUCGUUCCAAAGAGCAUCGCCAGAUGGACAGAGUUUUCGUUCUUCUAUUGAAGAGAAUCCUUUAAAAAAACGAGUGCCAGGCAAAAUUAGUGAAGACUCAGACGAUGAUGACUAUGAAAAUGUGCAGUUGCCUCCCUCUGUCUUCGUGGAUACGAUGGAAACCAGUAAUGUUGAAAGAAUAUUUAAGGAGAUGUACAGCUUCCCACAAGACGGUCUGUACUGCAUCCGAAAAUCAGGAACAGGGAAAACAUCACAGGUGCUGGUUGUUUGGGACAAGGGUAUAAACAAAGCCAGAAAUUACAGGCUCUUUGAAGAGGACCAGAGGGUUUACCUGGAGACAGAUCUGACGUUCCCCUCUUUAGCUGCCCUGGUUGAACACUACCACUUCAACCCUCUGCCCAGCAGUAACAACUCUCUGCCCAACUACUCCCUGUGCUUACAUAUACCUUAUGGCUACAUCCCACCCAGGUGACAUCGGGCUCCUCUCCUGUGCUGAAACACCUACCCGCUCUGUGCAGCACAACCGCUGCUCUGUCCUGGACCAGACUACAGCAGACAGCUCCCUCUACUAGCUCAAGUUAUCAUCACACAUGAGUGCAGAAUGAACUGAAUGCAUCUCAUGAGGAUGUGUCGCCCGUUUUACUCUGAAUAUCAUUUGGAUAAGAAAUUAGUGCAAAUGAACGGUUCAUUUAAAUCCAGUGGGUCCAUAUGGACAUAUUAAUAGUAAGUCUUACGAAUUUUCAGGGAACUUCCCAUUUUAGUUCGAGUUCCAGUGAAUGUAACAGUAUUGAAUAGAAAAUGUGUACAUUAGUGCACGUAUAUAAAGCAGCUAAUUCUGGCUAAGAAUCGCCCACUUAAAGCAAGAAUCAUCUGACUGACAUGUAAUGUGAUUAAUAACAGUUUGCAUUGGUUAUACGUGGCAUUUGGAGGAGGAGUUAUCUGUUACAGUAAAAUAUCUAGUUUAAUUGCUAUUAAAGGUGCUCUGAGUGA